UAAUAAAUGAGAAAUAACAAUAAAACCAUUCUCCCAAAUUGAGGGAGGGAGAUUGAGGAAACAGAGCACAGUGAAAUGGCGUUACAGCAAUGUUGUUGUUCUUCUUCUUCCUCAUUCAUCUUCAACUCUCGCACUCUGCUAAAUUCCCCUUCUUUCCCAAUCUCAGCUUCAUUCCCAAACCCUAAUUCAACAACCUUCACUUCUUCCACCACCAUCUUCUGCCGCGCCACUGGCCCUCUCAACAACGACAACCGUUCUUCUCCGGCAACCAAGAAGAAGAAGAAGAAGAAGACCAAAAAGAUUGACGAUUCCGAACUUCUCAACUCCAACGACUUCGAUAUUUUGCAUGAUUUGCCCUUCGAUGCUCAAACUGCCGCCGCCACCGCCGCCGCCCCUAACUCCUCCGGUUCCUCUUUCUACCACCCUUCCAUGCCCUUGCCUGAACCUCCUGCUGGUUUCGCUUUGGGCGAUAACGGCAAGGUUCUCCUCACUUCGACUAAUCGACUCGUCACUGUUGUUGAUCCUACGAACAAGCUUCCAUUAGAGUGUGUGGUGAGGAGAGUGUUCAGAAGCUCUGAAAGAGAUGAAUGCAUGUUGCUCUGCCCAGUUGACACGCCUGUCCAGAUAUUGAAGAACACACUUGAUGGAUGGUCAGCUAUCAGUGAUGAGGAAGUUGAAUCUAUUCUGCCUGCUGCAGCUUAUGCGCUUGCCAAGAUACACAUGCAUCUUGUUUAUAGCGGGUACUGUUAUACUGCACGUGGUGGUUUUUGCUACACCGAAGAAGAUAUAUUUGACUUUCAUACAGACGAUGAGAGAGGAGUGGAUGGCUUGCCAACUGAAGGUGUAGAAAUUACACAUUUUAAUCUGGAAGGUGCUCGCUACAUGAUUUACACACCAUCAGAUCCACUUCUUUUUGUCGCUUUGAAGGAUGAGGACGGGAUAUUGCAAAUUGCUGAUGAUGACCUGCUUGAAGAUCCUAUUGUCAUUGACGCCAUAGAUCAGGAGACUGAAUUUAAUGCCUUGGUGGAAGAAGAAGCUGCCCUUAUUGAAUCAACCAUGGAUGAAAGAUAACCUGGUAUAUUUUACUGUAGAGCUGUCCCUGUAUUUUACUCUGCACUGCCCCUGUGUAUAUGAUCAAUUUUGUAAGGACCGGAUGUGUAUACUAAUUUACUUUACUUUUUUGUCGUCUCAAUAUUUAAAAAUAAUCUUUUUUUAUUAAUUUUAUAUGUUUAGGCAUUUUCUUUGUAUUUGUAAUGCUUGGAAUCUCUUGUAGGAAAGAAAAUGAACAUCCUUUAUAAUUCAAAAUAAUUAUAUUUGAACU